CGGUUUGUGUAUUGGUACGGAUGCAGGGCAGGAGAGGACGGGCUUCUUGUGAGGCCUACUGCUGCCGGGCGCUAGAUUUAACGGCGUGUUGAACCGUUUGAGGAAUGAGGAAAAUACUCGCGGUAGCGGCGGUUGAAUCUCUCAACUUGUCAUUGCUAGAAUUAGCAUAGUUUGUUAAUUUGCUAGCUAGUUUACCACACAUUUCGUUAGAUACGUCUUAUUUGCUAUUGCCUCGAGUAUUAGAUGUGUGUUGACAUCCUCAAAAGCAAUAUUGAUUGAAAUAGCUAGUUAGCUAGCUGGGUGACAGUGGGGAACUGGCUAACUAGCUGCUAACUAACCUCCUACCCGGACAUUUGGGCUUAACGAGGAUUUACCCUUGUUCUUUCGAUGAGGCAUUGUGAAUGAAACAUGCUGUUAAGUGGGUAUUGCCAAAUUACUUAACUGCGCAUCAGAUAGAAGCUAUUGACAAUGAAGGUUGACAGAAGCAAGUUAAAGAAAACCCCCACUGAAGCUCCUGCGGACUGCAGGACGCUCAUAGAGAAGCUUAAGGGAUGCCGCGACGAGCAACUGCUGUUGGAGCUGCAGCACAUCAAGACCUGGAAUAUUGGCAAGUGUGAGCUGUACCACUGGGUGGACCUGCUGGACCGUUUCGAUGGGAUCCUGUGUGACGCGGGCCAGACGGUGGAAAACAUGUCCUGGCUGCUGGUGUGUGACCGGCCGGACAACGGGCAGCUCAAAGCCCUGCUGUUGGCCGUGCUCAACUUCACCGCCCUGCUCAUCGAGUACAGCUUCUCCAGGCACCUUUACAGCUCUAUAGAGCACUUGACCACCCUGUUAGCGUCAUGUGACAUGCAGGUGGUGCUGUCUGUACUGAACCUCCUGUACGUGUUCAGUAAACGCUCCAACUACAUCACCAGACUGGGCUCUGACAAGAGGACCCCUCUGCUGGCACGCCUCCAACAUCUGGCUGAGAGUUGGGGAGGGAAGGAGAAUGGCUUCGGUCUGGCUGAGUGCUGCAGGGACCUGCCUAUGACGAAGUACCCUCCCAGUGCCACCACACUGCACUUUGAGUUCUAUGCUGAACCUGGCCCUGAGGUCAAAGUGGAGAGGAAGACCAGCAGUAACACAUUACACUACAUUCACAUCGAACAGCUCGACAAGAUCUCUGAGAGUCCCAGUGAGAUCAUGGAGUCACUUACGGUGAUGUAUAACAUCCCUAAAGACAAGCAGACUCUGCUGUUCACACACAUCAGACUGGCCCAUGGCUUCUCCAACCACAAGAAGAGACUGCAGGCCGUGCAGGCCAGGCUCCACGCCAUCUCUAUACUGGUGUACUCCAAUGCACUCCAGGAGUCGGCCAACAGUAUUCUCUACAACGGCUUGAUAGAGGAGCUGGUAGAUGUGCUACAGAUUACAGACAAACAGCUUGUGGACAUAAAGGCAGCGUCUUUACGCACCUUAACAUCCAUAGUGCACCUGGAGAGGACGCCCAAGCUGUCCAACAUCAUCGACUGCACCGGCACAGCCUCCUACCACGGCUUCCUGCCUGUGCUGGUGCGCAACUGCAUACAGGCCAUGAUCGACCCUCUGAUGGAGCCGUACCCGCACCAGUUUGCCACUGCUUUGUUCUCCUUCCUCUACCACCUGGCCAGCUACGACGCUGGGGGGGAGGCCCUGGUCUCCUGUGGGAUGAUGGAAGCCCUGCUCAAGGUGAUCAAGUUCCUGGGGGACGAGCAGGACCAGAUCACGUUUGUCACGCGUGCAGUUCGAGUGGUGGACCUCAUUACCAACCUGGACAUGGCAGCCUUCCAGUCACAUACCGGCCUUACCAUCUUCAUCAGCAGGCUGGAGCAUGAGGUGGACCUGUCUAGAAAAGAGUGUCCUUUUGUCAUCAAGCCAAAGAUCCAGAGACCCAACUCUACCGUGGAAUCUGAGGACAUGGACACGGACGUGGAUGGCCAGUCAGAAAGCUUGUCAGAAGAGAGGAUGGAGAGCAGCCCUGGUCCCUCAACGUCCUCUGGCUCCAGACCUGAGACAGACCACCGAGCGCAGAGCAGCACUGCCAGCACGCCCCGCACAGGCCUGCAGUGUAUUCCCCAGAGAGCAGCUCUGCUGAAGUCAAUGCUAAACUUCUUGAAGAAAGCCAUCCAGGACCCUGCCUUCUCUGAUGGCAUCCGUCACGUCAUGGACGGGUCUUUGCCUACCUCACUCAAGCACAUCAUCAGUAAUGCAGAGUACUAUGGACCUUCCCUUUUCCUACUUGCGACGGAGGUGGUGACGGUGUUUGUGUUCCAGGAGCCAUCUCUGCUCUCCUCCCUGCAGGAUAAUGGCUUGACUGACGUCAUGCUGCAUGCCCUGCUAAUCAAAGACUCUCUCUCUCUGCAGGUCCCGGCUACCCGGGAGGUGCUUGGUUCUCUCCCUAACGUGUUCAGUGCCUUGUGCCUGAAUGCGCGAGGCCUGCACUCCUUCGUCCAAUGCCAGCCCUUUGAACGCCUUUUCAAGGUGCUGUUGUCACCUGACUACUUGCCUGCCAUGAGACGACGCCGCAGCUCUGACCCUCUGGGAGAUACAGCGUCCAACCUGGGCAGUGCUGUGGAUGAACUGAUGAGACACCAACCCACUCUGAAGACUGACGCCACUACUGCCAUCAUCAAGUUACUGGAGGAGAUCUGUAACCUGGGCCGAGCUCCAGAGUACAUCUGUCAGAAGCCCUCUAUCCAGAAGACUGAUGGCACCGUCACCGCGCCCCCCGCCCGCUCCUCCCACGCUGCCGAAGAGGCUUCCAGCGAAGAUGAGGAGGAAGAGGAGGCGCUCCAUACCUUCACCCAGCAGCAGGGGGAACCAGAGAACAACAGACAGUCAGUGCCAGUUGAACUGGUUGUUGGCACUGAAGAGAGGAUACCGAUUCCUCUGAUGGAUUACAUUCUGAAUGUGAUGAAGUUUGUGGAGUCGAUCCUUAGUAACAACACGACAGACGACCACUGUCAGGAGUUUGUCAACCAGAAGGGUCUCCUACCCCUGGUCUCCAUCCUGGGUCUACCCAACCUGCCCAUCGACUUCCCCACAUCAGCUGCCUGCCAGGCUGUAGCCGGGGUCUGCAAGUCCAUACUGACGCUGUCCCAUGAACCCAAGGUGCUCCAGGAGGGGCUGUGUCAGCUGGACAGCAUCCUGUCGGCCCUCGAGCCGCUCCACCGCCCCAUUGAGGUCCCCGGGGGUUCUGUGCUGCUCCGAGAGCUCGCCACCGCCGGUCAUGUGACUGACGCCACGCUAUCGGCCCGCGCCACGCCACUGCUGCACGCGCUCACUGCCGCACACGCUUAUAUCCUGAUGUUCGUGCACACCUGCAGGGUAGGGCAGAGUGAGAUCAGGGCCAUCAGUGUGAACCAGUGGGGCUCCCAGCUGGGUUUGAGUGUUCUCAACAAGCUGAGCCAGCUCUACUGCUCUCUGGUCUGGGAGAGCACCGUGCUGCUGUCUCUCUGCACACCCAAUAGUCUCCCCCCAGGCUGUGAGUUCGGCCAGGCUGACAUGCAGAAGCUGGUUCCCAAGGAGGAGAAGCCAUCUGGCAGCACCACAGCCACCGCUUCUGCCUCUGGAUCCAGGAGAACUGCUGAGUCUGAGGCUGUGGCUGUGGACCCCUCUGCCACGUGUCUCCUAGAGGGGAUGGGGUUGGACGGGGACACGCUAGCCCCCAUGGAGACUGACGAGCCCACCGCCGGCACCUCUGACCCCAAGACCAAGUCCAAACUAACCCCCGCCAUGGCCACUCGCAUCAAGCAGAUCAAACCCCUGCUCUCUGCGUCGUCUCGUCUGGGCCGGGCUCUGGCCGAGCUCUUUGGUCUUCUGGUGAAGCUGUGUGUGGGUUCUCCAGUCCGACAGCGCCGCUCUCACCACGCCACCAGCACCGGCACAGCCCCCACCCCCGCCGCCCGGGCCACCGCCUCCUCCCUCACCAAGCUGCUCACCAAGGGCCUCAGCUGGCAGCCCCCGCCGUACACCCCUACCCCUCGUUUCAGGCUGACGUUCUUCAUCUGCUCGGUGGGCUUCACGUCCCCCAUGCUGUUCGACGAGAGGAAGUACCCCUACCACCUCAUGCUGCAGAAGUUCUUCUGCUCGGGAGGACACAACGCACUCUUUGAGACAUUUAACUGGGCCCUUUCUAUGGGUGGUAAGGUGCCUGUCUCUGAGGGCCUGGAGCAUGCAGAGCUGCCAGAUGGGACAGGGGAGUUCUUGGAUGCCUGGCUGAUGCUGGUGGAGAAGAUGGUGAACCCCAGUACUGUGCUGGACUCACCCCACAGCCUGCCUGUCAAGGUUCCCGGGGUCACCCCCACCACCCCACAGUUCAGUGCCCUGCGAUUCCUCAUAGUCACUCAGAAGGCAGCGUUCAGCUGCAUCUGCAGCCUGUGGAACAGAAAGCCCCUUAAAGUGUACGGGGGCCGCAUGGCUGAGUCCAUGUUAGCUAUACUGUGCCACAUCCUGAGAGGAGAACCUGUCAUCCAGGAGCGCCUCGCCAAGGAGAGGGAGGGCACAACCCGUCCAGAGGAGGAGGGAGGUCUUGGGGCCUCUACGCUGCCUGUAGGCCCCAGCUCUGGAGGCACAGGUGGGUCAGCAGGGGCCCCUGGAGCAGCAGUAAAUGCAGGAGAGGGCCCUGCCGGGUCAGUUCCAGGACCAACCAUUGGAAGCAGUACAGCACCAUCUGCACCAGGGGGUGCAGCAGAGGACUCCACUAACACUACUCCCAGGAGAGAGCCACCGGUUAACCAGGCUCAGCUACAGCAGGCUCAGGGAGGAGGCAGGGAGAGGCAGCCAAAUGUCAACCAGCAGCAGCUACAGCAGCUGAUGGACAUGGGUUUCUCCAGAGAGCAUGCCAUGGAGGCUCUGGUGAACACUAGCACCAUGGAGCAGGCCACAGAGUACCUGCUCACACACCCUCCUCCUCUACUCAGCGGAGCCGUCAGGGACAUGACCAUGUCAGAGGAGGACCAGAUGAUGAGAGCCAUCGCCAUGUCUCUGGGACAAGAGGUCAGCAUGGAACAGCGCUCUGAUUCACCCGAGGAGGCGGCGCGUCAUCGCGAGGAGGACGAUAGGAGAGCCCGGGAGCGUACGGAGGAGGAGGAGGCUCGCUGCCUGGAGAGGUUCCUGGAGGCUGAGCCCCUGGACAGUACGGAGCUCCACGCCUUCACCGACUCCAUGCUGCCCGGCUGCUUCCACCUGCUGGACGAGCUGCCAGACACCGUCUAUCGCCUCUGUGACUUGCUCAUGACCGCCAUCAAGAGGAGUGGUCCUGAGUACAGGGACCUCAUCUUACGACAGGUGGUCAACCAGGUGUGGGAGGCAGCAGACGUGCUCAUCAAGGCAGCAAUACCCCUGACCACCAGUGACACCAAGACUGUGUCCGAGUGGACCAGACAGAUGGCUACCCUGCCCCAGGCCUCCAACCUGGCAACACGCAUCCUGCUGCUCACACUGCUCUUUGAGGAGUUGAAGCUGUCGUGUGCCAGGGUGGUGGAGAACAGUGGGAUCCUCAAUGUGCUCAUCAAGCUGCUAGAAGUAGUGCAGCCCUGUCUUCAGGCUGCCAAGGAGCAGAAGGACAUCCAGACACCCAAGUGGAUCACUCCAGUGCUGCUGAUCAUUGACUUCUAUGAGAAAAUGGCUGUUUCAUCCAAACGCAGAGCGCAGAUGAACAAGUACCUGCAGCCCAACGGUAAUAACUGGCGUUGGUUUGACGACCGGUCGGGUCGCUGGUGCAGCUACUCUGCCUCUAACAACGGCACUAUAGACUCAGCCUGGAGGGCCGGGGAGAGCAGCGUCCGAUUCACCGCGGGACGCAGGAGAUAUACCGUACAGUUCAACACCAUGGUCCAGGUGAAUGAGGAGACGGGUAACCGUCGUCCUGUGAUGCUGACGGUCCAGAGAGUGCCUCGCGUUCCUAAACCUGCCAAAACUGGCAGCAUGACGGACUCUGAGAAGGAGGAGGGGGACAGGGGCAAGGCAGAGGAGACAGAGACAGACCCAGACUCUGCCCCAGUAGCUGUGGAGAUGAGUGCUCCUAAAGAUGACAACACUACCCCUCAACUAAAGGAGUCCUUCUCUGGUCCUUCUGCUCCUCCUGCCCCCCCUCCUGCAGCCCCCCUGGACCCCACGUCUGAACGCACCGGGGCAGGAGGAGCCAUCGUGGUGCAGGGUCUGACAGAGGACAUGACCACGGUGCUCAUCAGAGCCUGUGUAUCUAUGAUCAGUGUCCCCGUGGACCCAGACACCCUCCACGCCACACUAAGGCUGUGCCUGCGCCUGACGAGAACCCACCACUACGCCAUGAUGUUUGCUGAGCUGAAGAGUACCAGGAUGAUCUUGGGGCUGACGCAGGGGUCAGGGUUCAACGGCUUCACGCCGCUCGUCACCCUACUGUUCAGACACAUCAUCGAGGACCCUGCCACGCUACGACACACCAUGGAGAAGGUGGUGCGGUCAGCAGUGACCAGUGGGGCGGGCAGCACCACGUCAGGUGUGGUAUCAGGCUCUCUGGGCUCCAGAGAGAUUAACUACAUCCUGCGCGUUCUGGGCCCGGCCGCCUGCCGGAACCCAGACUGCUUCGCAGACACUGCCAACAGCUGCGUCCGCAUCGCCCUACCGGCACCCCGCGGCGCUGGUACGGCGUCAGAUGAUGAGUUUGAGAACCUGCGUAUCAAGGGGCCCAACGCGGUGCAGCUGGUGAAGACCACCCCCCUCAAGCUGUCUCCGCUGCCCCCCAUCCCUGACACCAUCAAAGAGGUCAUCUAUGACAUGCUCAAUGCCCUCGCCGCCUACCACGCACCUGAAGAGGCUGAGCGUCCAGAGGAGCCUGCUGUGGCGGUGCCCGGGGGGCAGGACCUGUGUCAGAUACUCCAGGAUGAUGAUGUCUACCAGCAGUACAGACUCACCAGACAGGGCAGUGACUUCGACUCACAGUCCGCUUUCCACAUCAACGCCCAGGUGUUUACUGCAGAUGGUACUGUGGCUGACUCCUCUCAGUCUGGCACACCCCAGGGAGAAGGUGAGGCACUCCCUCCCUGCUCUUCACCUCCAGCCUCUACUGCCUCUACUCCAGAGGAAAUGCGUGAGGAGAAGAAGGAGGUGGAGGGUGAGAACGGAGCUAGUUCAGAGGAGGGUAAGGGGGCCAAGGCUAAGGCCUCCAAGCCCCUGAUGCCCACCUCCACUAUCCUGCGUCUCCUGGCAGAGCUGGUCAGGUCCUAUGUGGGCAUCGCCACCCUCAUAGCAUCCUACUGCUACACGGCCGGACAGUCUGAGCUCAUCAAGGAGGACUGUAGUGUCUUAGCCUUCGUGCUGGACCACCUGUUGCCCCACACCCAGAGCUCUGAGGAUAAGGACACCCCUGCCCUGGCACGUCUGUUCCUGGCCAGCUUGGCAGCUGCCGGCACAGGCACAGACGCACAGGUGGCUCUGGUCAACGAGGUGAAGGCCGCACUCAGCCGGGCGCUGGCCAUGGCAGAGGGCACGGAGAAACACGCCAGGCUCCAGGCAGUGAUGUGUAUCAUCAGCACCAUCAUGGAGUCGUGUCCAUCCACCUCUAGCUUCUACAGCACGGCGGCAGCCAAGACGCAGCACAACGGCAUGAACAACAUCAUACGUCUCUUCCUCAAGAAGGGACUGGUUAAUGACCUGGCUAGAGUACCACACAGCCUCGACCUGUCCAGUCCUAACAUGGCCAACACGGUGAAUGCAGCUCUGAAACCCCUGGAGACUCUGUCCCGUAUUGUCAACCAGCCCAGCAGCUUGUUUGGAGGGAAGGGUGGAUCCAGCAAGAACAAGGCUGAGCACGACACUGUGGGAGCCGCCAGGGACUCAAACAGCAACACACAAGGUACCACAGGUGACUCGGGUGAGGUUGAGGGGACUCUGGUCGAGGGCAGUCACAGGGUCCAAGGGACAGACAGUGACCUGAUGGAUGGAGAGACUGAGGGAGACACAGUGGUCAUCGCUGGACAGCCGGAGGUGCUCAGCACCACAGCCAUGCAGGUAGAGAACGAGCUGGUGGAUCUGAUAGACGAGCUGCUGGAGAGAGAUGCUGGCGCCGUCAACAGCUCCAUUAUCGUGGGGCGUGGUAGCGGUGAGGACGAAUCACAAGAGGACGUGUUGAUGGAUGAGGCGCCAUCCAAUAUCAGUCAGGCUUCUACUCUACAGACCAACAGAGAAGACUCUAUGAACAUCCUGGAGCCUGAGGAUGAGGAGCACACGCAGGAGGAAGACUCCAGCGGCAGCAAUGAUGAUGAAGACAGCCAAGAUGAAGAGGAGGAAGAAGAGGAAGAGGAGGAGGACCAGGAUGAUGAAGAAGGUGACGAGGAUGAUGAUGAUGAAGGGUCUGAGAUGGAGCUGGAUGAAGAUUUCCCAGACAUCAACGCUGCGCCGCACAUCCGUUUCGAGAGGUUUGACCGCGACGAUGAUCUAAUCAUCGAGUUUGACAACAUGUUCUCCACCACCGCUGACAUCCCUCCCUCCCCAGGCAACAUCCCCAGCUCUCACCCCCUGAUGGUGCGUCACGCCGACCACGGCUCCUUAACGCUGGGCGGAGCUGGCACCAACAACCGUCUAGCGCAAGGCAUGGGUCGCAGCCAGAGAACGCUACGCCAGCUCACUGCCAACACGGGCCACACAAUACAUGUCCACUACCCUGGGAACAGACAGCCCAACCCCCCACUCAUCCUGCAGAGACUGCUGGGUCCCAGUGCUGCAGCAGACAUCCUGCAGCUGUCUAGCUCUCUGCCACUGCAGUCCCGCGGCCGUGCCCGACUCCUGGUGGGCAACGAGGACGUGCACAUCAUCGCCCGAUCUGACGACGAGCUACUGGACGACUUCUUCCACGAGCAGAGCAGCACCGGAGGACAAGCAGGCACUCUGUCCAGUAUCCCCACUGCCUUAACCCGAUGGACUGAUGAGUGUAAAGUGCUGGAUGCUGAGAGCAUGCACGACUGUGUCGCAGUGGUGAAGGUUCCUAUCCUGCAGCACCUGGAGAAUCUGAGAGACGAGGAGCUGGAGGAGAGGAGGGAAAAAAGACGGAGACAGCUGGCUGAGGAAGAGGAGGCCAAGCAGAACGACAGAAGGACAGGAGGAGAGGAGACCAGGGAACAGAGUCUACAGGGCUCAGGACUGGGGACGGUCAACGGUGCUGCUGGAGAGACCACUGCUGAAGGUGAGCCCCAGGGCAGUGGGGUGUCCUGUCUGGAUCCCCCCAGGGUCUCAGAAGGCUUCCUCACCGCGCCCCCUUCAGGAGAGGUCACCCCCACCACCCAAGCCCCCAACGAACAGGCCCUGGUCUCCCUGGAGACCGCCAUCAGCCAGCAGGUCCACCAGCCAAUCGCAGAUCUGCUCCUGGCCGAGUCGCACGCCAAUUCGCUGGCCACACUGGCGGGGGCGGGUCUUCCUGACCUGGCGGCUUCAUCCGAUAGGCUGAACUGUGAAGCUGAGGCAUCCCAGAUGGAAAUGUCCCCGGCGCCCCCUAUUGCCUCCCUGAGUCCAGACAUCGUGGAGACCUCUGAGCCUGCAGCGGUGGGCGUCUCACAAUUGGAAGGGUCUCCCAUGGAUACCAGUAGCCCCGCCUCUGCCACACAGGAAGAGUCCAACCCUGCCCAGGCUGUCCAUCUGUCUGGGAGUGGAGACAGCGGGCUGACGGACACGCACACAGACGCAGAGACCGGCUCCACCACUGUCUCCCCCCCUGGAGAGACCAUGCCCCUGAGUGAUUGUGCCAACAGCCAAUCCCAGGCCAUCCAGGAAGAGCCACUCCCAUCCACCAGCAAUGAGGAUGAGGACCCACUGGCAGGCAUCAGUUUACCAGAGGGUGUAGACCCGUCCUUCUUGGCUGCUCUUCCAGAGGACAUCCGCCGUGAGGUGCUCCAGAACCAGCUGGGUAUCCGACCCCCGGCGCGCCCCCCUGUCUCCUCCACCCUCCCCUCCACCACCACACCAGUACUAGGAGGACCCGGUGUCACGGAGGUCAGCCCUGAGUUCCUGGCUGCCCUGCCACCCGCCAUACAGGAGGAGGUGCUAGCGCAGCAGAGGGCAGAGCAGCAGCGUAGAGAGCUGUCCCAGCAGCCCACGCAGGGCGACACUCCACUGGACCCUGUCACCUUCAUCCAGACCCUCCCCUCGGAGCUGCGUCGCUCCGUCCUGGAAGAUAUGGAGGACAGUGUGCUAGCAGUGAUGCCCCCGGACAUCGCCGCCGAGGCAGCCGCGCUGCGCCGCGAGCAGGAGGUGAGUGCUCGUCAGAGACAGCUGAUGCACGAGAGGCUAUUUGGCCAUAGUUCAAGCUCAGCCCUGUCGGCCAUCUUGAGGUCGCCUGCGUUUACCAGCCGCCUGGGGGGAAACCGAGGAGUACAGUACACCCGCCUAGCCGUGCAGAGAGGAGGGACCUUCCAGAUGGGAGGAGGGGCCAACCACAGCAGGCCGUCUAGUUCCAGUGUGGACUCUCUGCUGCGUCUGCGUGGUCGUCUGCUCCUGGACCACGAGGCCUUGUCCUGUCUCCUGGUCCUCCUCUUCGUAGACGAACCCAAACUCAACACCAGCCGUCUGCACCGCGUGCUCCGCAACCUGUGCUACCACUCCCAGACGCGUGGUUGGGUCAUCCGCAGUCUCCUCUCCAUCCUGCAGCGUAGCAGCGAGAGUGAGGUGUGUGUCGAGACCACCCGCCUGGAAGAUGCCAGAGGCAAGCGGACUGCCGGCGGUCAGGGAGGUUACGGAGGGAGUAAAGGAUCUACGACCACAGCUACCUCCUCCCUCUCCUCCUCUUCCUCCUCCUCUCUGGAGUUGAUCAACAGGGUGGAGUCUCGUAGCUCCUCCCAGCUCUCUUGGCUGUCCGUUUCCAUGGACGCAGCUCUAGGCUGCCGCACAAACAUUUUCCAGAUCCAACGGGCGUCGGGGAGGAAGCACGCUGAUCGGCACUCUGCUGGGGGGACAUCAGGAGGGUCCGGGGGGACCCUGGGAGGAGGGGUACAGGGGGUUACAGCUGGGGUGACGUGUGCAGGGGGAGGAGGGUCGACUGUACACAUCCACCCCCAAGCCGCCCCGGUGGUCUGUCGACACGUACUGGAUACUCUUAUCCAACUGGCCAAGGUGUUCCCCAGUCACUUCACCCAGCAGCGCUGUAAGGACCUGCUCUCCUCCUCCACCUCUGAUCUGGAUUCCCGUCUGUGUGCUGCUGCCUCCAUCGUUACUGCAGGAGGAGGCGCUAGAUCUACCCAGACUAACACCUGCUCCACUCCCUCCUCAGCCCAGAACUCCCUGGGCGGGGGUGCCUGUGGAACGGCCAACACCCCCCAGUCCCUGGGCAUCUCCACCGACUUCUGGGACCUGCUGGUGAAACUGGACAACAUGAAUGUGUCAAGGAAAGGCAAGGCCUCCAUGAAGACUGUUCCCCUAGGUGCAGGAGGGGAGGCCGAGGGGGCUCAGUACAGUCUGGAGGCCUCUCCGCUGGGCCAGCUGAUGAAUAUGUUGUCCCACCCAGUGAUACGACGCUCCUCCCUGCUAACUGAGAAGCUGCUGCGUCUCCUGUCCCUCAUCUCCAUCGCCUUGCCUGAUAAUAAGGCUACUGAAGUCCCAGCUGGACACCCGACGCCGCAGUCUACCACUGCCGGAGCUGGCAAUCCCACCAGUGCAGCAGCAACAGCCUCAGCCUCUGCUCAGGGGACCACUGUAGGGGUGGUAGUUCCAGCCCAGGGUUCAUCUUCCACAGCUAUAGUGUCCAUACCCACCUCUACUGGAGCCAGCGCAACCGGGAAGCAUCGAGCAACAGUGCUCUGUAUUGAAAGUGACACCAAGCUUGCCUCCACUGGACUCACUGAGAAACAACUGCAGCUCUCUGUCGAGGUGCUGACCAGUCACUCGUGUUCAGAGGAGGGUCUGGAGGAUGCAGCUAACAUCCUGCUCCAGCUGUCCAGAGGAGACGGAACCACCAGAGACACCGUACUGCGUCUGUUGCUGAGUGGAGCUAGACACCUGGGAUACACACUUUGCAAACAGAUUGGCACGUUAUUGGCCGAGCUGCGGGAGUACAACCUAGAGCAGCAGAGGAGAGCCCGGGCUGACGCCCAGUCACCUGACGCCCCUGCCGAGGACACCUCCAUCUCCGCCAGGCUGAAGGCCGGCAAGCUCUCUAGCAGACGGGGGCGCAGGUUCGACGGCUCUGAGAGCGUGGUGAUUGUGGCUGCCCAGAAGCGUACGCUGGGCGGACGGGAGCUGCAGCUGCCCUGCAUGUCUUCCCUGACCUCAAAGACAUCCACCCAGAAGUUCUUCCUGCGGGUCCUGCAGGUCAUCAUCCAGCUCCGUGAGGACACGCGCCGCGCCAACAAGAAGGCCAAGCAGACCGGGCGACUUGGCUCUACCAGUCUGGGCUCCGCCAGCAGCAUCCAGGCGGCAGUCCGUCAGCUAGAAGCCGAGGCUGAUGCCAUCAUUCAGAUGGUGAGAGAGGGGCAGCGGGCACGCCGUCUGCAGCAGGCCCCCCCGCCCUCCGCCUCUGUCGCUGCCGUCACCACCUCCGGAUCCUCUGUGGCCACCCCUCAUGCCCCCGCAGCUGCCCCCGGCACGGCGAGCGCUGCCACGUCAGAGGUGGGGUCAGUGUCUGAGCCCCAGGCAGUCCAGAGGGAUGAUUCUCCCAUGGAUGUAGACCAGCCCUCUCCCCUGGAGCAGGACCCUGCACCCCUGGAUGAAGAAGGCAACAGCCAAUCAGAGACAGAGGAGCGUCUCCCGGACCUUCCCCUGCUGAGCGAGCAGCUGCUAUUGGACGAGUUGUGGGACAUGCUCGGGGAGUGCCUGAAGGAACUGGAGGAGUCACAUGAUCAACACGCUGUUCUGGUCCUUCAGCCGGCGGUAGAGGCCUUCUUCCUGGUCCAUGCCACAGAGCGGGAGAGCAAGCCCCCUGUCAGAGACACCAGGGAGAGCCAACUGUCCCACAUCAAAGACGAGCCUCCCCCACUGUCCCCCGCGCCCCUCACCCCCGCCACCCCCUCCUCUCUGGACCCCUUCUUCUCUAGAGAACCGUCCUCCAUGCACAUCUCCUCCAACCUGCCUCCCGACACACAGAAGUUCCUCCGCUUCGCUGAGACUCACCGUACAGUGCUUAACCAGAUUCUGCGCCAGUCCACCACCCACCUGGCCGACGGACCCUUCGCUGUGCUGGUUGACUACAUCCGCAUCCUCGAUUUUGACGUCAAGAGGAAGUAUUUCCGUCAGGAGCUGGAGCGUCUGGACGAGGGUCUGAGGAAGGAGGAUAUGGCUGUCCACGUCAGGAGAGAUCACGUGUUUGAAGACUCCUACAGAGAGCUGCACCGCAAGAGUCCCGAGGACAUGAAGAACAGGCUGUACAUAGUGUUUGAAGGGGAGGAGGGUCAGGAUGCAGGAGGUCUGCUGAGAGAGUGGUACAUGAUCAUCUCUAGGGAGAUGUUUAACGCCAUGUACGCCCUGUUCCGCACCUCGCCUGGCGACAGGGUCACCUACACCAUUAACCCCUCGUCCCACUGCAACCCAAACCACCUCAGCUACUUCAAGUUCGUAGGUCGCGUGGUGGCCAAAGCCGUCUACGACAACCGACUGCUGGAGUGCUACUUCACACGCAGCUUCUACAAGCACAUCCUGGGCAAGAGUGUCAGGUACACAGACAUGGAGAGUGAGGACUACCCGUUCUUCCAGGGUCUGGUCUACCUGCUGGAGAAUAAUGUGUCUACUCUGGGCUAUGAGCUGACAUUCAGCACUGAGGUCCAGGAGUUUGGUGUGUGUGAGGUACGUGACCUGAAGCCUAACGGAGGCAACAUCAUUGUCACCGAGGAGAACAAGAAGGAGUACGUCCACCUGGUUUGUCAGAUGAAGAUGACUGGUGCCAUCCGUAAGCAGCUGUCUGCCUACUUGGAGGGUUUCUACGAGAUCAUCCCCAAGAGGCUGAUCUCCAUCUUCACAGAGCAGGAGCUGGAGCUGCUGAUAUCUGGCCUUCCCACUAUAGAUAUAGACGACCUCAAGGCCAACACAGAGUACCACAAGUACCAGUCCAGCUCUAUACAGGUAGAGACACACACCAAGUACCAGUCCAGCUCCAUACAGGUAGAGACACACACCAAGUACCAGUCCAGCUCCAUACAGGUAGAGACACACACCAAGUACCAGUCCAGCUCCAUACAGGUAGAGACACACACCAAGUACCAGUCCAGCUCUAUACAGGUAGAGACACACACCAAGUACCAGUCCAGCUCCAUACAGGUAGAGACACACACCAAGUACCAGUCCAGCUCCAUACAGGUAGAGACACACACCAAGUACCAGUCCAGCUCCAUACAGGUAGAGACACACACCAAGUACCAGUCCAGCUCCAUACAGGUAGAGACACACACCAAGUACCAGUCCAGCUCCAUACAGGUAGAGACACACACCAAGUACCAGUCCAGCUCCAUACAGGUAGAGACACACACCAAGUACCAGUCCAGCUCCAUACAGGUAGAGACACACACCAAGUACCAGUCCAGCUCCAUACAGGUAGAGACACACACCAAGUACCAGUCCAGCUCCAUACAGGUAGAGACACACACCAAGUACCAGUCCAGCUCCAUACAGGUAGAGACACACACCAAGUACCAGUCCAGCUCCAUACAGGUAGAGACACACACCAAGUACCAGUCCAGCUCCAUACAGGUAGAGACACACACCAAGUACCAGUCCAGCUCUAUACAGAUCCAGUGGUUCUGGCGGGCCCUGCGUUCCUUCGACCAGGCGGACAGAGCCAAGUUCCUGCAGUUUGUGACGGGCACGUCCAAGGUUCCUCUGCAGGGCUUUGCAGCGCUGGAGGGCAUGAACGGAAUACAGAAGUUCCAGAUCCACCGCGACGACCGCUCCACCGACCGCCUACCGUCCGCUCACACCUGCUUCAACCAGCUGGACCUCCCAGCCUACGAGAGCUAUGAGAAGCUGAGGCACAUGCUGCUGCUGGCCAUUCAGGAAUGCUCCGAGGGAUUCGGACUGGCUUAGACCUACCCACACAGAGACUCAACACACACAAACACAAUUUAGACUUGCAUACUCUGACAGAUUCAAGCUGAUGACACACAGACACAUUGUCACACACACACUCGCACUAUCAUAGACAUUACUGGAUGACUGGAAAAAUGGCCUCUAGACAUACAACUGGUUCCUAAUCCAUAUAAAGAAACAGAUGGACCAGCAGCGCGGUAUGAUUAACUGACUGACUGAUAUUACCUACUACACACAGAGCCUCAUGUCAAUAGACACAGACCUGUGCCUGGUAUGUCUCCCUCCCCUUCCACAUUAGAAUGGCAGAAACCUGAGAGGGUGUAUUGAGGAUAAAAACCUGGACUAAUAUAAGACAUUUUCUCCAUUUAGUUUGAUUUCUCUGUACAAAAGGUUUGGGAGUUUAUUUUUCUUUGUUCUUCUCUGGCUGUGUAAAAAGGAGAAGGUUGUUUGUGUGUGUGAGAACAGGAUGGUUAUAAAACCUCUGGGGAAAAAAUGUUGGCUGUUUCUUUUUGCGAAUUUGUGACCUCAUAAGCCUUGAGGGGGGGGGGUUGACAUUUUUAUGGGGAAGAAGGAGAAAGAGAGAAGUUUUGAAGAAAUUCAAAGAAAUGCACUUUUCAAAGUUUUGUGGCAUUUUUAAGGAAGGAAAACAAAUGAUGAGAACAAGAAAGGAAAGGAGAUGAAAUUAACCACAAAUUCUAGAGUAUUUUUGGCUAUUAAAUCGCUGACCCCGCCUUGAGCCUUUGAAUCAGAGUGAAAUAACUACAUGAAUAAAUGCAUAAAAUGGA